AUGUCUUCUGGAGGUCUUCUUCUCCUGCUGGGACUCCUCACCCUCUGGGCAGAGCUGACCCCCGUCUCCGGCCAGAACCGGCCAGAGUUCUGUUAUCUUCGUCCUGAGAAAGGACCAUGUAGAGCCAGAAGGCUUCGCUUCUACUACAACCCGUCUUCAAACAAAUGCCAUGAAUUUAUUUAUGGUGGCUGUGGGGGAAAUGCCAACAGGUUUGAGACCAGAAAUAAAUGCCACUUCACCUGUGUUGCACCCCCAACGAGGAGACUCUCCUGA